AUGCCCGCGACCACGUGCUCGAACACGGGUGAGAGCAACCUGUCGAAGGCCAUCGAUUCCAUUCCCGCCUACGUCGGGAGAUGUUCCUUCUUCUUUGCGCUUUGCCCCGUCCUCGAGGAUCCCACUGGGUGCCGUUUAUUGACACCGGCGACCUGGGCGGAACGCGGAUGGUGCCGCGUGGAACGCGCGGUGCGUGAGCUCUGCCCAAAUGAGUCAUGGAUCAUGAUCAGGAGCGCCAUCGACUUGGAAUUAGUGGUGAUCCCUGCCGUUAGCCCAGUGGGCUGCCUGGGCGGGCGUCCACCUGGCGAAGGCGACUUCAGUGUGGCUGGCGACCGGGUGAAGCUGCGGCCAUUGUUGGUGGAAGCUUUGAAGCGAAAGCUGCUGCUCUUGCUGGAAGCACAGGACUUGGUGAACUACCGGCUCUUGUUGAACUUGCAAUCGGUUCACUUCCGCGGUUUUCCAGAGGCACGACCCUUCGAACCGAUCCCGGGCUUCCAGGCGCAACCGCUUCCGCGCAGUGACCGGUUCCACAGCUUUCUGGACAGCUCCGAGGGCCUGCAGUCGGGAGGCGCGGGUGGCGCUCGACCGCUGCUGGUGGCGAGGUUCCUCUACCAAAACGGUUUCCGCAGCGUCCACGAGACGGACUCGGCGGGCUGGUCGCCCCUGCACUAUGCCUCGCUGCGGGGGUCUCCUGCCUUGAUCCAAGGAUUGCUGUCGCUCAGAGCUGAUCCCAAUCGUUUGACCAAACAGGAUCAGCCGCGCGUGGGAUUGCCCCCGAUGACCUCACCGCUCACCAUUUGCGUCUGCUUCAAACACAACCAGGCCGCCAGGCAGCUCAUAGCUGCCCGUGCAAAGAUCGAUGGCGGCUUGCUGAAACCCUUGGAGUUCGCCUCGGUCGGCGACAACCCCGAGGGUGUCCGCUUGUUGUGUGAGGCGGGCAGCUCGGUGCACUCGCGCAGCAUCAUGGGCUUCACGGCCCUGGAAAUCGCCUGCUGCCGGGGCGCCAUGGCGGCGAUGCUGGAGAUUGCGAGGCAAGCAGGAGAGAACAUGGACUUAUCUGGUGCCCUCUGGUGCGCUUUAGCUCUCAAAGCUGAAGGAGGUACAGCAGGCAUCGUCGAGUGGCUGCUGGACAGAAGAGCGGAUGUGAAUCAGUCACGGGAUCCCUGGAUGCAUUCCUCGCUCUACGGGGCCCUGGCGUUGUCCAAAGCCUUGCAGCACUGCUUCGGGCGGCGGAGCAAGGCCACACGGCAGUUUUAUCACAUGACUGGCGCCACGCCUUUGGUGAUGGCCAUGAUCGAGUCCCAGUACGAGGGUGCUGCGACGCUGAUUGCUGCGGGUGCGCGGUUGGACCUCCCCAAUGCUCGGAGUUGCUGCGCUGCGGACUUCAUCCGCGAGCAGGCAGUGCCUGACUUCUUGGCCCAGGCAGUGGAAGGCAACCUACAAGAAUGUAGAAGAGUAUCGGCCUUGGCGCAAAGCCAGGGCCAUGUUGAGCAGUCCUUCUGA